CCGCCGCCAUGGAGACGCGUCGCGGCGUGAUGACGCAAAGGCGGGCUGUGAUUACGUCACGUUGCCAUGGAGCCCCGGGACGCCAAAGGGGGCGGGAUGGCCGAGAAAGCGAAACCCCUCGGGGCCGGCACCAGAUCGAAGAAGGACAAGUCACACACGGCCAGCCGAGCCCAGCCCCGGCAGUCCAAGAAGGUGUCCCUCGAAACCCAGCCCACCCCGUCCCCGGAUGCCGCGUCCCUGCCCCGGGAGCCCUUGGACGUCGGGCCCAUCCUGGACGAGCUCCUGGAGCGGGUCCUGACCGAGUGCACGCUGGCGGCCGUGGCUCGGCAACUGGUGCCCUUCACGGUGGCGCGGGCGCGGGACGCCAUCCUGUUUGUCGCCGAGUGGCGGUUCCUGGUGCGGGACGACGGGGACCCGGAUCCCGAACGGGACGGAGUCUGGAAGGAGGACGAGGAGCCCCAAACCUUCUGGGACACCUGGACAGACACCAUCGCGGAGGCCUCUCUGUCCUCGGAAGAGGUCCCCGUGGCAGCCGAGGCUGAAAGUCCCCUCGUGUGUCCCGGCGAGGUCCCCGCCCUGGAUGUCCCUGUGCCCCCGGAGCAGGGGACGCCGCCGUGCCAGUCCCCCUCCGCAGCAGCCGCGGCUCCUCCCGCUCAGCUUCCCGGCGCCGUCAUCGUGUCCGGGCCGGGACCACCCCUCCCGGAGCCGCCCAUCGCUCCCCAGCCCCCCGGGAAGGGUCGCCGCCUCUCCGCGGCCCCCGGGAGGGGCCGCCGACCCUCCCGGCCCCCGCGGCCCCGGCCGGUCCCGCUGGACGCGCCCCGGCCCCCGGCUCCGCUGCCGGCCGCGCCCUCGGAACCCGCGGCGCAGGCACCGCCGGAGUCCCGCGAGGUGCCGGUGGCGGACGGCGACCAAGUGCCGCCGUCGUCAUCCUUCUCCCGCCGCAGCCUGGCAUCCAUCCGGCCGCGCAGACCCUCCCGCGACAUGGGGGUGCCCAGGCUGGGUGUCCGCCGCGGUGCCACUCGCUGGGUGUUGCCCGAGGUGAAGGUGGUGGACGUGAGCAACGACCCCGAGCGGGCGCGGUCGCUGACCCGGUUGCUAGCGCCGGCAACCCUGCAGGUCCUCUUGGCAGCCGCGCGGGCCACCAAGGCCGAGCUGCAGCUGUGCGACCCCUGGCUGGCCUCGGUUCGCCUGGCUCCCGGUGUCACCGUGCGCUGGGGCGGCAGCGAGCGGCGCGGGCCGGCCCCGGCGGGGCAUGGCGGGGACGAGCAGGGGGACGAGGCGUUGAGGAGGGCGGAGAAGGAUCUGAAGCCCAUCCUGCCCUACCCGGCGUGCCGGCUCUCAGAGUACGGAGAAUCAGAGGAGGAGCUGGAAAAGGCGCUGGGAACGCGGCAGCUCCCGGGGCUGCUCCUCCCGGGAGCUCUCCCGGCUCCGGGGAGACCCCUGUCGCCCCGUGUCUCGCCGGUGCCCCGGCUGGCACCGGGCAUGGCACUGUACGACGCUCUCGGAGCUCGGGGCUCUUCGCCAGCGCUGCUGAAAAGAGCAGAAGUCAAUAAAAAACACUAAAAUGAGUUUUGCGGA